UGUGAUAUUGUCCUCGACAGCUGUCCGUCUCGACACACAGCACAGUCACAGACUUCUCUCUGUAAUAAGUAUAUCCCUGUCACCUGUAUGACAACGCUACGACUCACUUGUUCACGUUCUGAUAGAUAGAAACAGGUCUCCUUCGAUCAUCAUCAGCAUACGGAGUGACCGACACCGAGUAGAACCUGAUACUUUAUCAACCUUAAUGGUGGAAACUGAACAAACCAGUAAUAAACGUCAGCAUGAGAGAAGUUGAGACUGGUUGUUUGACUACGCUUGAGACUUUUUCUAAUGUUAAUGGAUCGAUACAGCCUUUUCAAGUUACGUCGGAACUGAGAACGUUAAUGGUGUGCGUGUAAAUGGUUCCGUGUACAUUGCGACUCCUAUUAUUCUCUGUUUCUAAUCCGAGCCCGACAAACCGCAACGGCGUGUGCAGCAUAGCAUAGGACUUUGUGAUCCUUAGAGAUCAGCCUGAGAAGAUUCCUACAUCACUCGAAGUACAUUAGUUGCUGCCGCUUUUGUAAGAUGUCCUCGGCCUGAGCUACUUACUAAACCUGUCUUAGCUUCAAGCAGAGCAGAGUAUGACGAAAGGGCAACCCAUUCUGUCAAACGCAAGCAAAUGUAGAAGCCUGAUUCCUCCAGUCCUCCUCGCGAAAACGGCAAUACUCUACACCAUCUCCACGCUGACUGACAUACGUACGAAGAACAUUUUCUCCAUCAGAUGAGGAUCACUUCAGACCAGCAAUCAUGUUUUCACUUGCAACUGGGACCUGGUAAAAGAGAUAGGGAUGUGAAUCUCCCGAUAGUAGGAUAUUGUACACAGCAACAUGUGCUCACCUACGCCGGUAUCUCACAAUUGCAGGUCGAAGCCGGUGCAGUCGCAAGGCACGAAAGACCAGCCGACGGAUGGCAGAAGCAGAGUAGCCCCGUAGAGAUCUCAUAUGAAGGUAGGCUCUGUCUGGCUUGCCGGGCCAGAGGCCAGAGAUUGUGCGACUUCCGAGAUGUCACUGUGUUUCCCAACACGAGAGGCGCACCUUGCGAUCCCAGAGUCCCAGAGUCUCAGAGUCUCAGCGCAGAAGCUCAAGUAGCCGCAAGAGGACGAGCGAGAUAA